AUGGGGAGGAAGAAGGGCGUCGCCGAGUUCGAGGAAUCUCCGCCGGAUGACUUCGAUCCAUCCAAUCCGUACAAGGAUCCCGUGGCGAUGCUCGAGAUGAGGGAGCACAUCGUGAGGGAGAAGUGGGUCGCCAUUGAGAAGGCCAAGAUUCUUAGGGAGAGGCUCCGCUGGUGCUAUCGCGUCAAAGGAACACCGUCCUCUAGUCGCGGAAGUGGGACGAUGAGGAGAUUUGGCAGUUUUGGCUUUUGGGUGAGAAGAGGAGAGUUGAGUGCAGGAUAG